GCCAUGGCUCGGCCUCUGGGUCCAGAGCCCCAGCUCUCCCCUCCCCUCUCCCUGCCAGCCCCCGAUGCCUGCCAGACUGUUGCCUCUGCUGGGGCCCCCGCCUGAGCGGUUGGGAUUUGGGGGCUGAGCUGUCUGGGGUCCCCAGGCCAAUGCAGUGCCGGCUCCUGCGGGGCCUGGCUGGAGCCCUCCUCACCCUCCUGUGCAUGGGGCUUCUGUCCCUACGGUACCACGUGAAGCUGUCCCCCCAGGGGGAGCAGGAGACCCCUGACGUGAGCCUGAGUGCCGGGCCCCCCGGGCUGCAGCUGCAGGAUGUCUUCAUCGCAGUCAAGACUACCCAGGCCUUCCACCACUCCCGUCUGGAGCUGCUGCUUGACACGUGGGUCUCCAGGACCAGGGAACAGACGUCCAUCUUCACUGACAGCCCGGAUGAAGGCCUCCAGGAGAGACUGGGGUCCCACCUUGUGGUCACCAACUGCUCCGCGGAGCACAGCCACCCAGCUCUGUCCUGCAAGAUGGCUGCUGAGUUCAAUGCCUUCUUGGCCAGUGGGCUCAGGUGGUUCUGCCAUGUGGACGAUGACAACUAUGUGAACCCGAGGGCGCUGCUGCGGCUGCUGAAAGCCUUCCCACCAGACCGAGAUGUCUACGUAGGCAGGCCCAGCCUGAAUCGGCCCAUCCAUGCCUCGGAGCCGCGGCCUCACAACCGCACGAGACCCGUACAGUUUUGGUUCGCCACUGGGGGCGCCGGCUUCUGCAUCAACCGCAAACUGGCUUUGAAGAUGGUGCCGUGGGCCAGUGGCUCCCGUUUUGUGGACACAUCCGCUCUCAUCCGGCUGCCGGACGACUGCACCGUGGGAUACAUCGUGGAGUGCAAGCUGGGCGGCCGCCUGCAGCCCAGCCCCCUCUUCCACUCCCACCUGGAGACCCUGCAGCUGCUGAGGGUCGCCCAGCUCCCGGAGCAGGUCACCCUCAGCUACGGUGUCUUUGAAGGAAGACUCAACGUGAUCAAGCUACAGGGUCCCUUCUCCUCCGAGGAGGACCCCUCCAGGUUCCGCUCCCUCCACUGUCUCCUCUACCCCGACACACCCUGGUGUCUGCAGCUGGCUGCCCGAUGAACCCCAAGUGCUGGGGAGAGGUUGGGUGGAGAUUUCCAUCUGCCCCUCGCCUCCCAAGGCGGUGCUGAGGCAGUCC